GAGCAGGGUGCUAUAAAGCCACGGCUGCAGGUGGACCGAAGGUGCAGGGAAGCGGCAGCGCCUCAACACACAGCCAGACAUGGCAAACUGGAUCAUCAACAAUGGGUUUCCAGCUGUAAUGGUGCUGGUCUGGAUGACCAUCAACACAUUCCUCUUUGUGUGGUACUACCUCCAAUAUGACAGAGACGAUGAUUUUUACUACACACGCCACUUAUUAGGGUCAGCUUUGGCCUGGGCCAGAGCUCCUGCAGCCGUCCUCAACUUUAACUGCAUGCUGAUCCUCCUCCCAGUGUGCAGGAACCUGCUGUCUCUGAUCCGAGGCUCCUUUGUGUGCUGCAGUAGAACAAUGAGGAAACAACUGGACAAAAAUUUGAGCUUUCACAAGCUGGUGGCGUACAUGAUCGCUCUCAUGACAGCGGUCCACACCGUGGCCCACUUACUGAACCUGGAGUGGCUCAACAACAGUAAGCUUGGUGUUUACGGCAAGCUGAGCACCGCUCUGUCCAAUCUGGAGGAUGAAGGAAACGAGACUUUCCUGAACCCGCUCCAACACAUCGAGGCAGAUCCACAGCAGAAACCCAUUAAAUUUGCCUUCACAUCCAUCGCCGGCCUCACCGGGGUCGUCAUCACUCUGUCUCUCAUCUUGAUUAUCACCUCCUCUAUGGAGGUCAUCAGGCGCAGCUACUUCGAGGUGUUCUGGUACAUCCACCACCUCUUCAUCGUCUUCUUUGUUGGUCUUGUCUUUCAUGGAUACGGGCGCAUUGUGAGGAGUCAAUUCAAUACAGACGAUCACAACGCCACUUUCUGUAAAGAUCGCCCUGAUGACUGGGGAAAGAUUCCUGAGUGUCCCAUCCCUCAGUUUAAAGGAGGAGAACCCAUGACCUGGAAGUGGGUGAUUGGUCCAAUGAUUAUCUAUGUCUGCGAGCGUGUUCUACGCUUCAUUCGCUACAUGCAGGCAGUGCAGUACAGAAAGAUUGUGAUUCAUCCGUCUAAAGUUCUGGAGCUGCAGCUGAGAAAGAAGGGCUUUAAAAUGGAAGUGGGUCAGUACGUCUUCCUCAACUGCCCCAGCAUCUCCCAGCUGGAGUGGCAUCCUUUCACCAUGACCUCUGCCCCCGAGGAGGACUUCUUCAGCGUCCACAUUCGCUCGGCCGGGGACUGGACGGACCAGCUCAUAGACACCAUGCAGAAGCUUCCAGAGGGGGCGCAGGGGCCCAAGAUGGGCGUGGACGGACCUUUCGGGACAGCAAGUGAGGAUGUGUUCGACUAUGAGGUCAGCAUGCUGGUCGGCGCUGGCAUCGGCGUCACUCCCUUCGCCUCCAUCAUGAAAUCUAUCUGGUACAAAUUCAAAGAGUGCGACCCCAAGCUUCGCACCAGAAAGAUUUAUUUCUACUGGCUGUGCCGGGAGACAAACGCCUUCGAGUGGUUUGCUGACCUCCUUCAGGUGUUGGAGAAGGAGAUGGAGGAGCGAAACUUGGGGGAUUUCCUCACCUACAAGCUCUUUCUGACGGGAUGGGAUCAAGGCCAUACGGAUCAAGUCAUAGUUCACUUUGACGAGGACACGGAUGUGGUCACCGGUCUCAAACAGAAAACCCAUUAUGGUCGACCAAACUGGGACAAAGAGUUCGAUCAAGUCCGCAAAGAAAACCCAGCGUCUGUGGUGGGAACAUUCCUGUGCGGCCCUGCAGCUUUGGCUAAAGUUCUACAGAAGAAAUGUGCCAAAUAUUCAGAUGUGGAUCCUCGCAAGACAAAAUUUUACUUUAAUAAAGAAAACUUUUAAGGCAAAACUAAAAAAAAUUGAGAACUGCUGAUGUCAAGCUGACUCUGACAGGACUGAUUGUGGUAAAAAGGUGUGACAGGUUGUCUUAAAACUUCCCGUCAUGUAAUAUAGACGAGGAAAUGCUGCCUGAUCUGUGACUUACUUCACGUCAUUGUGGCUUACAGUAAGCCAUUAUUGUAAAUAUUGUGUUAGCUUUUGGCUGCACAGUCAUUAAAGUUGUUCUGUUACGGAAAAAAUACAGCACAACAUAUAAUCCAUGCUUUUAUUAAUGGAUGAGCUGAAUGCACUUUUAUGGGAAACAUAUGGGGCAAAAGUAUUUCUUCUUGUGGGAGAAGUUUAACCGUUUUCCUCUGAAAUCUUUAAAAAAAAACUGCUUACAAUAAAAGAACUUCUGUCAGGCUUCGGUUAUCGAUGUCAUCUAAGAUUUCUUACGAUCUCUUUUCUAUUGUGCUGAGAAGUUUAUUUUAAACGUGUUAAACAUGUUUGUGAAAUGACUCAACACUGGUUAAUAAAAUUCAUUUAGAAUGA